UACAAUGGUACAUCACAAGAGUCAGUGCAUCAACUGUUUUGCCCGACAAUAAGUUUGAGGCAGAGUUUGACUUUGAAAAUGCUCAAAACUCUGUUAAUAGGGUUUGGAUGCUGCGCUUGUGUACUGGCCUUAGGCAUCGUCAUCGGACACUUUGGGAUCUCCAAACCUGAGAGUCCUGCACUGUCCUGGGCCGAUGAUGUGGUCAAAGAUGUGGAUGAGAACUUUAUCACUACCUUUUUAUCUGAGGUGGACAAUAAGGAGAUUGAGCAGAAUUUACGGGAGCUGACCAAAGUGCCUCACAUGGCCACUACAGAGGGAGAUGAACAGACCGUGCAGUUCAUGCUGAAGCGAUGGAAGGACUCAGAGUCAGGCCUGGAUGAAGCCUGGAGAGAGGAGUACAGUGUGUACCUGUCCUUCCCUGACCCCAAGAAUCCAAACAAAGUCACUGUAGUGAACGCCUCAAACGCAGUGCUGCACACCGUCAGAGAAAAGGAAAUAAAUUACACUUCAGACCAAAACGACCCAAAUGUAGUACCUCCCUACGCUGCGUACUCCCCUCCAGGAAACAUCAAGGGAAAACUGGUUUAUGCCAACUAUGGAAGGCCAAAUGAUUACAUGCUCCUGAACGAGACGAUGGACCUGAGAGGGACUGUAGCCAUCACUAGAUAUGGAGGAGCAGGGAGAGCAGCGAAGGCCAUUAACGCAGCGCCCUAUGGUGUAGUGGGUGUACUGGUUUACACCGACCCUUACGACAUCAACGACGGCCUGAUGUCCGACCAGAAUGAGACGUAUCCUCACUCGUGGUACCUGCCCCCUAGUGGAGUGGAGAGGGGUUCAUUUAACACCCUGUAUGGAGAUCUGCUCACGCCGUACCUCGCUGCUAAAGAUCACACGUAUAGAAUUCCCGUUGAGGAUAUUCCAGGCCUUCCCCCUAUUCCGAUCCAACCAAUAGGAUUUGAGGAUGCGUCCACGCUGAUCUGCGCUCUGGAUGGAAAAAUGGCUCCAAAUGACUGGCAAGGAUCAUUUCCGUGCCCGUAUAACUUCGGUGGUCCUGGGUUUAAAGCUGCGUCCACGUUUAAAGACAGCGAAGUGAAAGUGGACAUUGGCAACUAUGAUGUAGUGAAGAACUCGUCAAAUGUGAUGGGAAUAAUCAGAGGAAGUGUGGAGCCCGAUCGUUACGUCAUCUACGGGAACCACAGGGACAGUUGGGUCCACGGCGCCAUAGAUCCGAGCAGCGGGACGUCGGUGAUGCUGGAGAUCAGUCGAGUGCUGGGCAGGAUGGUCAAACAGGGAAAGUGGAGGCCCCGCAGGUCGAUUAUAUUUGGGAGCUGGGGAGCAGAGGAAUUUGGCCUCAUUGGUUCUGCAGAAUACACUGAGCAAUACUUCACCAAGCUGAGCGAGCGCACUGUGGCUUACAUCAAUGUGGAUAUAGCUGUUUUUGCCAACGCUACUCUGAGAGCGUCUGGAAUGCCGUCGAUUCAGAACGUCGUCUUCACUGCUGCCAAACAGGUCAAUGCACCCGGAUUUGAAUCUACAUCAGUGUAUGACAACUGGAUCAAAUAUACAAACAAAACCAGCCCAACUCACGGCGUCAUCCCCAGACUUGGAUACCUGACAGGAGCUGGAAGUGACUACGCUCCGUUUGUCCAUUACCUCGGGAUCACUUCUCUGGACAUGUCCUACACGUACGAUCGGACUAAAACGAGGGCAAGGAUUUACCCAGCGUACCACACGGCUUAUGACACGUUUGACUAUGCCUCAAAAUACAUCGACCCCGGUUUCACGAGUCACCAGGCUGUUGCCAGGACGGCGGGGAACGUCCUGCUCCGAUUGGCUGACAGUCUGCUGCUGCCUUUGAGCUGUGGAGACUACGCUGAAACACUGGAGGAUUAUCUGAAGGAGGCUGUGAUGCAGUAUGAAGAACAACUGAAAGCCAAAGAUCUAUCCAUGGAGCCGAUAAAACUCGCAGUGUCCAGUUUUCGCCGUGCAGCUUCUCAUCUGGAAGAAGUCAUAAAAAACUCAGAUCUGAAAAAUGAGUCACCCCUGAAGGUGAGGAUGAUAAACGACCAACUCAUGCUGCUGGACCGAGCGUUUCUGGACCCACUGGCUUUUCCAGAUAAAUAUGCAUUUAGACACGUGAUCUGGACCUCGAGCAGCGCUGGGAAACCCACCUUCCCCGGUUUGGCUGAUGCGUUCGCUAAAGCUGCAUCAUCAGGACAGCAGAGCGACUGGGACAAAGUGCACUACCACCUGUCCAUCCUGACCCAGGCAAUAGAGGGUGCUGCACACACACUGACUAGUACCUUUUAGUCCAGAGAGAGGGGAGAACCCAGAGGCACUCCAGGAUUUUAUGUGACACGAUAUUCCACCUUGACUUAGCCUAUAGUAAUAAAAUAAAUAAUCAAACGCGUCGUCGUCCCAUAUACGCAACAAACGCGAAGCAAAGUCCAUGUAAAGUCUGAUUGGGAAAAACAUGAGAAGCCAUUGAGUCAUAUUGAACCUCAUCAAACAUGUUCUUGUGUGUACAAAUAUUGACAAAUGUCUCGUUGGAUGGGACAUUUCAGGUUAAAAAUGCUGAAGUUAUAAAUUAUUUUGUGCGUGAGUGUAAUGAUGUGUAAGACCUGAGGCUGAUUUUAUACCAUUUUUUUUGUUUUUUUGUUAUUAAUUUGUCAUCAGAUACUCCUCAGUCUAACAAGGAACACUUAUGGUCUUCAUGAUGUAAACAAUCAAUACAUAAAUCAUUACAU